CGACGGACGCACCGUCCCGUGCUCGUCUUUUCCAAGGCGUACGGGAGAGUGGUGUCGCUCAUCCUAUGACGCGGAAACCAGGACUACAAGGAUCUGGAGACGAAAAGGUUGAAGGACGCCAUCACCGGCCCAGUAUUUUGGGAAUUGAACGGAGAAUGGAAACUGAAAGUGGAAAUCAAGAAAAGACAAUGGAAGAAGAAAGCAGUGAAAAGAAAAAAGAAGUAGAAAAAAAGAAACGGUCCCGAGUUAAACAAGUGCUUGCAGAUAUUGCUAAGCAAGUGGACUUCUGGUUUGGAGAUGCAAAUCUUCACAAGGAUAGAUUUCUUCGAGAACAAAUAGAAAAGUCCAGAGAUGGAUAUGUUGAUAUAUCACUCCUCGUGUCUUUCAACAAAAUGAAAAAAUUGACUACAGAUGGAAAGUUAAUAGCCAGGGCACUGAAAAGUUCAUCUGUUGUGGAGCUGGACUUAGAAGGCACCAGAAUCAGGAGAAAAAAGCCACUGGGUGAACGACCAAAAGAUGAGGAUGAAAGGACAGUGUAUGUGGAAUUACUUCCCAAAAAUGUUAAUCACAGCUGGAUUGAAAGAGUAUUUGGGAAAUGUGGCAACGUUGUUUAUAUAAGCAUACCACAUUAUAAAUCUACUGGAGAUCCAAAGGGAUUUGCCUUUGUGGAAUUUGAAACAAAAGAACAAGCAGCAAAAGCUAUUGAGUUUCUUAACAACCCACCAGAAGAAGCACCAAGAAAACCUGGUAUAUUUCCUAAGACAGUAAAAAAUAAGCCCAUUCCUGGGCUUCGAGUAUCAGAAGAAAAGAAAAAGAAGAAGAAGAAAAAAGGCCGAAUGAAGAAGGAAGACAAUAUCCAGACCGAAGAGUCAAAUAUGGACACAAGUAAGGAGAGUGUAGGUAAAAUGAAAAGAUCCAGGACCACAUCUGAGGGAUCAGAAGUAGAAACAACUGAACCCCAAAAGCCACCCUCAAAAAAAAAGAAAAAACGGGAAAGACAGGAAGUAUCCAGCUUACCUGUAGUCAGAACAGGGAAGAGGAAGAGAAGUGUAUCUGAAGAAGCAGAAUACCCAACUCCCAGGUCAAAAGUAAAGAAAAUUACUCAGAAAGACAACAUUAAAAAAGAAGAAGUUUCCAAAGAGAGCAAAGAUUUGGAAGUCUCUACUGAAGAGGAAAAGGAUGCUGGAGAUGUAAAAGAUGGAUCCCUUUUAAAAGCAAAAAGGAAGCAUAAGAAAAAACACAAAGAGAGGCACAAAAUGGGAGAAGAGGUUAUACCAUUAAGAGUCCUUUCAAAGAGCGAAUGGAUGGAUUUGAAAAAAGAGUAUUUAGCACUGCAAAAAGCCAGCAUGGCUUCUUUAAAAAAAACAAUAUCGCAAAUAAAAUUGGAGUCAAAAAUGGAAACAAACGGAGUACCUACUACGUCUGAGAUAAAAAAUGAAAAAACAAACAGUGAAGAGGGUUGUCCCCAGGAAAAGGUUAAUGCAGCAGGACCACAGUUUGUGAGUGGCGUGAUUGUGAAGAUCAUUAGCACUGAGCCUCUACCUGGCAGGAAACAAGUCAGGGAUACUUUGGCAGCAAUCUCAGAAGUUGUUUAUGUUGAUUUGCUAGAAGGAGAUACAGAGUGCCAUGCUAGAUUUAAAACUCCUGAGGAUGCUCAAGCUGUAAUAAACGCAUAUACAGAAAUUAAAAAGAAACACUGCUGGAACCUCGAGAUCCUUUCUGGUGACCAUGAGCAGAGGUAUUGGCAGAAGAUUUUGGUAGAUAGGCAGGCCAAACUUAAUCAGCCUCGUGAAAAGAAAAGAGGCACUGAGAAGUUAAUCACCAAAGCUGAAAAGAUUAGACUUGCAAAGACUCAACAAGCAAGUAAACAUAUUAGAUUUUCUGAAUAUGAUUGAGAACCGGUUUUGGGUCACCUCUUAAGAUUUCACUGGACACUUGAACUUUUCUUAGGAAAUCCAUUUUAUUUUGGUAGUAAUAGUUUUUCUGAAACCUAUGUUAAUUGUUCUUUAAUUUGUAAGUAAGACUUUUUCUUCAGACAAGUAAAUUGUAUACCACA